AUGUCUAGAGCCAAUGAAAUCCAACAAAAAUUGAAUUUGCAAGCAGAACUUCAAAAAACGUUCAAUGGAAACGCUCGGAAAGUUAUGGGAUGGCUAGAUAAGAACGAGCCUGACAAACAGCCUGAUGUCACCGAACUAAACAGCAGUAAAGAAUCUUUCUUCACACUGCCAGUGGUCCAAGCAGGAUCGGGACUCAACUUUGCUGCUGCAACUACGAACUUAGACCACAAAGAAGAUAUUCACACUGUUGGCGAAUUUAUUCGCAGCGAUAAGAAAGUCAGUUCACUCUCGAAGAAAAGGCGACACCAGCCUGAUAUCCGUGCAAACACUGUACACAGGAUCUCUAACGAUGAUACAAGGGCAAUGAUAGCUCUAAAGAGGAAGAUGAGGCAAACACAAAGAGAUUCCAUAAGACAUGACGUCCGCCUAGAGAAGACAGCGCCCGAUGCAAGAACAGCCAACAGCAACGAAGAUGAUAGUGAGGAUGAAGAGGAACGAGCAGUGCAAAAGACAACUAAGAAGACUGUUGGGCUACUCUUCAAUGGCAAGAAGAAGAGAAAGUGA